GAAAAUUAAUGGUGGAGGAGCAACUACGAAAGCUUUCUGCAAAGCGCAGCCUCGACGGAGGCGAUGCCUUCGCUCUAAUCCAACUCCUGCAGGAGCAGACGACGCCCAUACUCUUGCUGAGGAGCGCAGGCAGCUCUAAUGCACCCUCCUCUGAUCGUCGCCCAGCGGCAAACGCUGUUGAUGAAGAUAGAGGCAGAAUUGAGGGGCGGAGAGCCAGGGAACCGCCCGAGACAGGCAAAGGAGGAGCUGCCAGUCGCGGAGUGUCUCCAAAGAGAGCUCUGUUUGGUGGUCGGUCGGGCAGUGCUACUGUUCUGGAUGUGAACAGUCUGGAGGAGUUUCCGCCUAUGCAGCCCAGUGUGAACACUACCUGCAGGAGGAAGGAGAAAAAGGCAACCAAGCCACGCAGGAUCACUCUGACGUCCAUGAGUCGGAGCACACCUCACCAAACUCCCUCCUCUCACCCUCCCCACUUCACACCCCUCCCUCCAGCCAACGAGAGCUGGUCUCCACACCCUGCCUUUGUGGGCCAAAUGGUGACCACAUCCUCCGCCCCCUCUCCCCUGAGCGAGGAGAGGAAACUGCUCCGGAAGGAGAGGUCCAGACAAAUAGUGCAGAGGAGAAGUGACAGUCGUAAAGUGGAUAGGGGAUUGAAACACCCUGGAAGAGUAGAGAAUACUCAAUGUAGAUCAACUAUGAGCAAUGCUACCCGUAACAAAUCUAUCACCCAUCAAGCCUUUUCCACUGGAUCGGAAUCAGCUCUGUUGUCACCCAGCCGUACAGAUGGGGCUCUCUUUUCAAGCCAUGCAGGCACAGUUCGUACCUCCACCCCUGCUCCAGCUACCAGUGUUUUCUCAGUUCUCUCAGUUAAUAGAGUGUCCAAUAGGACCUCACUGGAGCACCUAGCACAGCUUCACUCCAAGAUUAUCACCGAUCGCUUGGUGCCCAAUAUCACGUCUGAGAUCCACUUUGUUGUUCAGCUUCUGACAUGCACCCAGCCAACUCACGCACUACAAAACAUAUCAGAUGGAUCAGAGAACCUAUUUCGCACAGUUGAGAACUGUGUCUAUUUUGCAGUCAGAGUUCUCUACAACAUCAGAAAUUUUCUCACUGCACUGGAUACUGCCACUCUACAACUACUGAGUGAUAAUACUCGAAUCAAACAGUUGGAACCAAAACUAGCGGCAUUUCUUUCUGUAGCACUGGAAAGAGCUCAAACGGACGUCAGUAGCAGAGGGCAGAGUCACGUGGUGCCUCAGAGUGCCCUCACUAACAACAGAGUUCCGUUUCAAGAGGAUACCGACAACCUCAGAAACUUUCCCAAUAUGAAAGUCUUUCACGCCUUCAAGAAACAAAGGUCCAAUAUCUUUAUUUUGUUUUUACGAGACUCUGAAAACAAAAAUUUCUGCAGGGACAGUUUUUACUCAAUAUUGAGAGAGUGGGAGGCUAAUCACAACAUGCCC